AUGUUUCUGGCCAAGGCUUUAUUAGAAGGAGCAGAUCGGGGUCUUGGAGAAGCUCUGGGAGGCCUUCUUGGAGGAGGUGGUCAGAGAAGAGGAGGGGGAGGAGGAGGAGGAAUAGGAGGAGGAGGAAACAUCGGCGGACUAGUUGGGGGCCUUGUGAACUUUAUCAGCGAGGCCGCAGCCGCGCAGUAUACCCCCGAACCCCCUCCGGUCCAGCAGCAUUUCACCAAUGUGGAGGCCAACGAAAGCGAGGAGGUUCGGCGUUUCCGCCAGCAGUUUGCGCAGCUGGCUGGCCCCGACAUGGAGGUGGGCGCCACCGACCUGAUGAAUAUCCUCAACAAAAUCCUCUCGAAGCACAAGGACCUGAAGACGGACGGCUUCAGCCUGGACACCUGCCGGAGCAUCGUCUCCGUCAUGGACAGCGACACGACGGGCAAGCUGGGCUUUGAGGAGUUCAAGUACCUGUGGAACAACAUCAAGAAGUGGCAGUGCGUGUAUAAGCAGCACGACAGGGACCACGCGGGCAUUCUGAGGAGCUCCCAGCUGCGGGGGGCCCUGCAGGCCGCCGGCUUCCAGCUCAACGAACAGUUGCACCAGAUGAUCGUCCUCCGCUACACCGACGAGGAUGGGAGCAUGGAUUUCAACAACUUCAUCAGCUGCCUGGUCCGCCUCGAUGCCAUGUUCCGUGCCUUUAAGUCUCUGGACAGAGACGCAGAUGGCCUGAUUCAAGUGUCCAUCCAAGACUGGCUGCAGAUGACCAUGUAUUCCUGA